AUGAGAAUCUUUACGACUCGACAGUCCAGGAUUACCUGGCUGUCUUUGACUGUAUUAGCAGCAUUCUUCCUGUUUAUUGGACUCAGUCAUGGUCACCCAUCUCCUGGCGGAAACUUGCACCAACUGAGCCGUCGAGGCAAUAGCGACUCGAAACCGAAGACUCCAAAGCCGCCGAAGGGCCCCAAGGGCGGCGAGCCGUCCGGACCGCCCCCUGCGACCGCACCUUCAAAAGGGAAAAAAGUCGGAUUCAAGAAGAACAUAGACAGACUUCCCAAAUUCGAACUGCCAAAGGAGCCCCUGGUCACCUACCGUGGCGAGACGCGAGAUCCUGGUGCCAUUGAAGCCGCAGAAGGAUUUUUCCCACGAGAACCUACUCGAGCCCUGACCGAAGCGGAGACGGAGGCUGGCAGCAGCAUAUUCUCUCACGUCGCAGUAAAGGUCGCCAAGGAGUACACAAAGUAUGUGUCGACGUCCAUGGACCCGGGCGCCGCCAGCGACUUUGGCAAGUCCACGGGAUACGUCUAUGUGGUAGCUCCAGACCAGAAGAUGGUCAAUGUUCCGGAGACCCUUGGAGAGUUCCUGCCGUCUGAAUUCGCAAAAGAGUCGGAACUCGCGGCGGUAGGCAAGAUUCCAUUUGAACAAGUUAGAGGCUGGAUUAAGAAAAACACCGCACUCCGACCUGGCGAUUGGCUUAAGCUGCGGGAUCUUGGCCCAAAACUGAGCGGGGAGCCGCUCACGGAGGAGCUCCGGCAGCAGCUUGGCAAAACACUGGCCGACGCGUACACCCCGAACACGAAAUACGAUGCCGCGAAGUAUGACAAGACUCGAGCGAGCGGGGGACGUCCGGAACUGGCCGGAUUUCCCAAGGAUAGCCCGGCGUGGCAGGAUGAGCGUUGGAAGCCGUUCCAGAACAAAAAGGUUUCGGAGAGCCUCAAGGAAUUUCUGAGUGAAACGGUAUGCGCCAAGGAGGAAGCUUGCGUCGCGGGACAGCUGACUUCCAAGGCCGGUGAGGCCGGAGUGCCGGAUCCAUACAAGGACGUGGACCCCCCAUGCAAGGAGACUGAUCUCAAGAAAAGAGAUGGAGAGGGGGCAUGCGUCCUGCCAGAUGAUGCUCCAGACGAGGAAGAAGGCACAGAGCCUUCCAACGACACUGAGCCCGAAGGGACCGAGAAUACUGAACCGGCAGAGGAAGGUCUCGGCGGGGAGACACCAGAGACAGGACUCAGCGAGAGUGAGAAAGUAGACUUGGCCCAAAAGACUUCAAAUGAAGUGUUUGAGGACCUCUUCACCUCUCGCAAGCUAAGUGAAAAGGCCUCCGAGUGGGGUUUGAAGGUCCAAGAUGCACGUACCCAGCUAGUAGGCUACAAGCCACUCACGGAACAGUCCCCGCACUUCUCGAUGUCUAAAGCCGGGCUGGCUCUUGAGGGUGCUGCUCUUGUCGCCUGGGGUGUCGGAAUGGCGCAAGCUUUUACUUCCAACUCGACGGGCUGGGAAAAGGCCGCAGCCGUGACUGCCCUUAUCCCCUUUGUCGGGUGCGGAUUCAAUGCCAUUGCCGAGUCCGAGACCAAGGGAGGCAUAGACGUCAUAGACCAGAUGCUAUGUAUCACGGCCGACAUCUUGCUGUUCACGCCCCUCGCCCCCUUUGCCUUUGCGAUCCAAGUCUUUCGGGUAAUCGCUGGCAUGUUCAAGACACCGUCGAUGCCCAAGGCGGAGGAGGUGCAGGAGACUCGCGACAAGGCAUGGAGUACGAUUCUCGACGACAAAGUCUAUACAUACUAUUACUCGGACGACUCGCUGUCUCGCAACAGGAAGUUCCGGGACAAGUUGAACGGUACUAUGUAUGCGGACACCAUGGCCAUUGUGUCUGACGCCGCAGACCUUAUUGCGGCCGCGAACGCAACCAUGCAGGCUUCUGCGAAGGGUCCCAAUGUGGACAAGGAGCAGAUCAACGCCGUGGUCUUGAACGUCACCGACCAGAUCAAGACAGGAAUUUCGCCCAAGAUCGUCUCCAGGCAGCGAGAGUUCCUGCUGCAGCUGCCGCAGCGCAUCAAGGAGGGGACAGAUCUCUCAGUCCAAAAGAUGGCGGAGCAGUUCAACAAGGAGACCAUGACACAGCUCACAUCAAACGCCAUGGUCAAGAAAUACACGCCGUUUGUACCUGUGGUGGAGGGCGACCCUGGUGUCGAUCUGGAGCCGCAGGUUCGCGGCGAGCUCGGCGCCCUCGCCGCGCAUCUGGAGAAGACGCCGCUGCCCCUGCCGAAGCUGUUUGACGUUGCGUACGUUCUCGGGCAAUCCAAGGGCAUGCUGGACGUUGAUCCGCAGACGCUGAACCCGAGCGCCUUUAUCAAGUCGCGCGCGCCCGACAUGUCCCAGGAUGACGUCGACUUUUACGCGCUGCACCACGCGCUGCAGAUCUCCAUGCUGCUGCGCGGCACCACCACCGAGGAGAAGCUGUCCAAGCUCUGGCCGUCCGACGGCGACGACAAGACGGUGCAGGAGCUGCAGCUGCUCCUCGCGCUCAAGUUUGGCCGAACCUUUGACUCGCAAAAGAUGGCGGCGGCGGCGCAGCUCGCGGGCCAAUUCGCGACCCCGCAGGAGAUCAGGUUCAUGACGCACCCGAGCGUUCCGCCGCUGAAGAUUGAGUCGGAGUCGAUGGCGUACAUGGGUCUGAUCCUGGACCUGAGCGAGGAGCGCAUCACGGGUCUGCCCCGGUUCAAGGAGGUGGUUGGGUUUAAGGACCUGGGCACCGACGAGAAGCUGAUCAUGGCCAUGCUGGAAAAGGCAAAGGAGCUCUUUGUCGAAAGGCAAGAAAACAACAACUCAACCCUUCCUGAGGAGGGCCAAGCUGCUGCGGCUGCCUAA